CCUACUCCUCUGAAUGGUUCACCCCAGUUAUUGUGAAAGCUUUUAAUUAUUUAUUAGUAAAAUUCCCGGAUGUUUGAAAUUUCUUGGUUUCAGAACCUUCUUUUGGGUUCUCAAUAAUAAAUAUGACCUAAAAACAGCUCUGAUGCGCCUCCUCGGGUUCUGCUGAGUCGGUUCUAGAGCGGAAAAGUCUGCAGUUAUAUGUAGGACAAUGUAAAGCCAGGUGUAUCAUUCCUCCUCUCUACGUCCUUGUUUGCUGAAAGCUCUAUUAAUAGAUGUACACCUCUCUCUCUCUCUCUCUCUCUCUCUCUCUCUCUCUCUCUCUCUCUCUCACACUAACAUUCCUUCACUGCUCUCCACAGAAGCAGACACACAACCUCUGAUUCUUUCCCCUCUCUCUCUCUCUCUCUCUCUCUCUCUUUCCGUUCCUCUUCUCGCCAUCCAUCCAUCAGCUCUUUGCUGGCGUUUGGAGCUUCUCGAGCGAGUCCCACCCCCUUUCUCAUGUCCUUCCAUUCACACAGCACAUGCCCUUUUUUUUCUCCUCGAAGGCCCCCCCUCCCUCCAUCACACUCUCUCCUCAUGAGCAGGACAGAGCAGAGCUGGAGAAGGAAGGAAAGAACGAGUGUGUGUGUGUGUGUGUGUGUGUGUGUGUGUGUGAGGGACAGAGAGAGGGAAGGCUGGAGAGCAGGAAUGGCGUGUGUGAGUUGCGGCUGUGAUACAGAAGCUGGACGUGUUCUGUGGUUCGGCGUGGAUCUCUGCAGGAGUGUGUUUUAGCUACACAGACGGACAGAAGGAAGGAUGUGGUGUUUGCAGUGUAACUCUGAGAAGACCCAGUCUCUGCUGGAGCUGGAGCUGGACGGAUGUGUGGAGGGGGAAGUCCAGAGCGGUGAACCGUCCUCGUCCCUGGAUUGUGGUAAAGGUUACGGCCCCCUGACCCACAGCUCCUCCAUCAGCCCGGACCAUUUUGAAGGCUUUGGUUUCAGCCAGAACGCUCAGCCGGGUCCACAACGUCCACGGAGACCCAAACUCCAGCACUCGCAGUCCAUCCUCCGCAAGCAAGCCGAAGAAGAGGCCAUUAAACGCUCACGCUCGCUCUCCGAGAGCUAUGAACUCUCUACGGAUCUGCAGGACAAGCAGGUGGAGAUGUUAGAGAGGAAGUACGGCGGGCGCUUCAUCAGUCGACAUGCUGCUCGCACCAUUCAGACAGCGUUCCGGCAAUACCAAAUGAACAAGAACUUUGAGCGUCUCAGAAGUUCCAUGUCGGAGAAUCGGAUGUCGAGGCGCAUCGUUCUGUCCAACAUGAGAAUGCAGUUUUCGUUUGAGGGACCUGAAAAAGCCCAGAACUCAUUUUUCGACGGGAGACGGUUAUCUCUGACGGAGGAAGGCACUCCGGAGGGGCCUGCAGCGACAAGAGAAUGUGGAGAUCUUGUUCCUGUACUCGUGGUUGCUCCCUCAGCUCCAAAUGACCUCAGUGACACUAUAACCGAGCUCGAGGAUGCUUUUUCUCGGCAGGUCAAAUCACUGGCCGAGUCGAUCGACGAUGCUCUGAAUUGUCGGAGUCUCCAUGAAGAAGAGGAGCAGGAGGCAGAGCAGGAUCACGAAAUGGAAGAUGAGCUGUCCUAUCAGAUCAAACCAACGAACAGCUCGGAUCAACGCAAGCUGGAUGAGAUGAUGGCUUCCUACAGUGGUGUGACGCUCUUCAUCGAUGAAGAGGAUCUUUGUCCACCCAUUCAGCAUUCGCAUACGCUACUAUCCAGCACCGAGUCCGAUCAGCAUGCAAUCAACUCCUCUCAGGAGUACUGGCCCAUGGACACUAAAGAGGACAAAAUGGACACAGAUACCAGCUGCAGGAGCACACCGACCAUAGACUGUCAGGAACCUCGACUUCGUAUUGACCAUCUUCCGCUCCUGACCAUUGAACCUCCAAGUGACAGCUCACUUGAAAUAAGCGACCGCUCAGAGAUUGAAUCGGUUCAGAGGCACAACGUUUAUGAGAGGAUCUCAGCUGGACCUCAGGCCAGUCCCAAACACAUAACUCACAGUCUACCUCCCAGGGUGUCCUCACUCUCCCGGGAUGAGGAUCCCAUCAGACACCGGCACCGGCAGCUUGAGAGCCAUCUGGCUAUCAAUGGAAACCGACAGAGCAAAUCGGAAUCAGAUUUUUCCGAUGGGGAUAAUGACAGCAUCAACAGCACUUCAAACUCCACUGACACCAUCAACUGCAGCUCAGAGUCGUCUCGGGACAGCAUGAGGGAACAGACGCUCAGCAAACAGAUGUACCACAAAGAGACAAGGAAUAGCUGGGAUUCUCCCGCUUUCACCAACGAUGUCAUCCGCAAACGUUACUACCGCAUCGGCCUCAACCUCUUCAACAAAAAGCCAGAGAAAGGCAUUCAGUACCUGACGGAGAGAGGCUUUGUUCCGGAUACACCUGUGGGCGUGGCUCACUUCCUGCUCCAGAGGAAAGGGCUGAGCCGGCAGAUGAUUGGCGAGUUCCUUGGAAACCGUCAGAAACAGUUCAACAGGGACGUCUUAGACUGUGUGGUGGACGAGAUGGACUUCUCAGGGAUGGAGCUGGACGAAGCUCUCAGGAAAUUCCAGGCGCACAUCCGAGUUCAAGGGGAAGCCCAGAAGGUCGAGCGCCUCAUCGAGGCUUUCAGCCAGCGGUAUUGCAUCUGCAACCCUACGGUGGUGAGGCAGUUCCGAAACCCAGACACCAUCUUCAUUCUGGCCUUCGCCAUCAUCCUCCUCAACACGGAUAUGUACAGCCCCAACGUGAAGCCUGAGCGCAAGAUGAAACUGGAGGACUUUGUGAAGAACCUCAGAGGAGUGGACGACGGAGAGGACAUUCCUCGUGACAUGCUGAUCGGCAUUUACGAGCGCAUUCGACAGAAGGAGCUGAAGACCAAUGAUGACCACGUCUCUCAGGUUCAGAAAGUGGAGAAGCUCAUUGUCGGGAAAAAGCCAAUCGGAUCUCUCCAUCAAGGCCUGGGAUGUGUUUUGUCCCUCCCCCAUCGAAGGUUGGUGUGUUAUUGCCGGCUGUUUGAAGUUCCAGACCCCAACAAGCUGCAGAAACUGGGCCUUCAUCAGCGUGAGAUCUUCCUCUUUAACGACCUCCUGGUGGUCACUAAAAUAUUCCAGAAGAAGAAGACGUCUGUGACCUACAGCCUGAGGCAGUCGUUCUCUCUGUACGGGAUGCAGGUCCUGCUCUUCGACAACCAGUAUUACCACAAUGGUAUCCGGCUGACCUCAGCCAUACCUGGUGCUGACGUGAAGGUCCUGAUCAUCUUCAACGCCCCGAACCCUCAGGACCGCAAGAAGUUUACGGACGACCUGCGAGAGUCCAUCGCCGAGGUCCAGGAGAUGGAGAAGUACCGCAUCGAGUCCGAGUUGGAGAAGCAGAAGGGUGUCGUGAGGCCCAGUAUGUCCCAGAGCAUGUCUGGUCUGAAGAAGGAUGUGGGGAACGGGACCAUGAGCCGAGCCAGCCUGGACGACACCUACGCCAUGGGGGAGGGGCUAAAGAGGAGUGCGCUCAGUAGCUCUCUGAGAGACCUUUCUGAGGCAGGGAAACGCGGCCGCCGCACCAGUGCAGGAUCUCUAGACAGCAAUAUGGAAGGCUCCAUCAUUAGCGGUCCUCCUCAGAUCCCCCCUCGGAGAUCACCAUCCGGCCGUGAAUGUCCUCCUCCUCCUCCUCCUCCUCCUCCUCCACCUCACUACUCGAACACCUCCUCCUCUUCCACGCUGCUGGGAUCACUUUUUGGCAGCAAGCGAGCAAAACCUCCUAUUUAUCCUCCGCUUCCUGCUCCGCCCUACUCCUCUGCUUCCUUGUCCUCCUCCUCACACCACCUCGUCCACCCCACACUCAUCUCCAACAAGCCCCACCCUACUACCCGUUACCACGCUGCCCAGGCCCAGGCCCAGCUGGAGACCCGACGUUCCCAGCACGGUUCUCUCCCACAGAACCCUCCCCCAUAUCAGCACCAUCAUCACUACGACCCUCCUCCUGUUGGGCUCCGGUUUCACCACCAGAGCCUCAUCAACACGCCACAUCACCAUCCUCCACCUAACCACCUUCACCAACACCAUCGUCAUCAAUACCAACAGCGGCCUGAGCAGGAACCGGCGCCGUGUCCCGUCAGCACCAAACCCAAACACUGUGGCAUCAGCACGGUGGUGUGAGGAAACAUCCACGGCUGGGUUCACAUCUGGUUCCAUUUCUGGAAAUGCUUCCAGAAGAACGGCGCGUCCAUCAAGGAAAAUUCCGAACACGUCUUCUCCUGGACCAUAAGGAUCUCUGAGAUUGUAUUCCAUCAUCACCUCAUAGAUAGAACUUCACCCUGUCUUUGUUUUCCUUCAUAAAUUCCCAAACAAAACAAAAACAUGUUCAAAGGCGAGUCGGAGACGUCAUCGUUCUCACGUCUCGUCGUCAUGACGACCGGGGGUGGGGGUGGGGGGGCAUUAGAGCUUUACGUGUUGUCCUUAGCGAUCGUAUAUAAGCGUGCCAAUAAUCCCUGCGUAUGUACUCGGCUGUGUGUGUGUGUGUGUGUGUGUGUGUGUGUGUGUGUGUGUGUGUGUGUGUGAACUGUAUCCUGUGUGUUGUAGUGUUUAGUGUAAUACUGCAUCCAUUGUAAGAAGUUCUAUAUACUGUAAAAAAAAAAAAUCUAUCUAAACAUAUCCAGAAAGUUUUUUAGAGCUGACGCUUGAAUGGAGUUGGGAUUUGAGCGCAGGGACGUCGCGGUGUACAGACCCUCGCACACAUAUUUUGGAAUUUUAGAAAAUAUUUGCAAUAUUAUGUAAAAAUAUCAAUGUUAUAGGAAGCAGAAGCAGCUGCACUGAGCGAAAGUUAGAGUGAGGGAGUGAGGGAGUGAUGGAGUGAUGGAGUGCACUAGCUGCCUGGUGGAGCUACAAAAACACAAGCCAGGAGCUAAACAGCACUUUUAUCUAGAUUAGGAUUAGGAUUAGGAUUAGGGUUAGGAUUAGGGUUAGGAUUAGGAUUAGGUUAGGAUUAGGGUUAGGGUUAGGGUUAGGAUUAGGGUUAGGAUUAGGAUUAGGAUUAGGGUUAGGAUUAGGAUUAGGGUUAGGAUUAGGGUUUCAGUAGAUUUCAGUUGCAGUGUGAGAUCUGGAAGUCCCCACACUGAGCACUUGUCUUUUUUUUGUCUCUUUUUUCCCAUUAACCUUGAACAAUAUCUAAUAUUCAAAAAUGAAGUAAAUUUUUCCUUUUUUUUAAGAAAAUUAUGCAAUGUGGGUUUUUUGUUAAAUGUGGAGAUAAAACGUUAAAAUUCUGCACAAAAUCCUACAGAAGGCCAGUGACUGAAAGUUUAUACGCCCAUGUGCAAUAUGUUUAGAAUCAUGGAGGAUGAGGUCUGGCACGGGAUUGAAUAAACAAAUAAACAAACAAAUAAAUAAAUAAUCAGUGAUAAAAAAAUUAAAAUAUAAAAUAUUCACAAAUUUAAACUUAAAAUUAAUGCACACAUGAAUUUAUAUCUGCUUAUAUAUAUAUAUAUUUAACUUUACCAAAACAUAUUUUUGUGCUCUUUCAAUAUUUCCUAUUUAUAUUUAUUUAAUCUUCCUUGUUCUCAUUUAUCUUUUUAUUGUUCUAUUUUUUUCACUUUCUUUUUAUCUUCUUCCUCUUCUAUUUUUAAAGUUAAUAUUCUAUAAUAUUCUGUUGUUUAUCCUAUAAAUUAUCCUGAAAACAAACAAAAAACACAAAAUACACCUGUAAUGUGUGCAUAAUUUUAAUGUUGAAUUUUAGGAUUUUAUCUUAUAUUUUAUUUGAAUUGUACGUUUGGAAAAUUCUGAGAUUCCUGUACUCGUGUUUGUUUGGUUGGUUUCUCCGUGCUGCUCCUCGUCCUCACUAUUUGGCGACUGUUGAUUUUUCUCCCACAAUAAGGUUCUUCUCAGUGGUUUGUAAAAUCCUGAACCACUCGCUGGGAAUUUAGUGAAAUGUCAACUGUCAAGUUUUUUGUUCUUUAAAUUGUGAUUUUUGUUGUUGUUUAUUUGUUUAUUUUUUGUGUGCGGUUGUAAGGAAUCGGUGUUGCGUCAGCAGUUCAGUGCAAUCGUGUGAAAACACAACUCGGUUCUGCAGCUCGUGUUUGUUUGUGUUGGAGAUUCAGGUGAAAAAUGCGACAGUUUAUGCAAAUCCUCUUUCCUUCCAGACGAUGGAGAAUCUGAUGAACAGAAUGUAUUUCAGGCGAUAAACACAGAAGCACACGAAACACCACAACGUCUGUUUUAAUACAAACAUAAACUAAACAUGACCCUCUGA